AUGCAGAACGGGGCCAGCAAAGUAUCGGGCGACGGCUCGGUAGAGAAUCGCCCGCCUUCCACAGAGGCAGACAGUGAUGAAGCCAACCAAUUCCAUAGUGAGGACGAAGACCACGGCGACCAUGAAACUCUCUGUCGUAAUGGGAAGAGGAAACGUCCUGUCUCAGUCUCAUUCAAUCUGCUUUGUCUACAACUGCACAAGAUUUUGUCGACACUGAAGCUAACGUUGCUGUACCCAGAUGUCAAGUGCGAUCGUGGCCAGCCGUCAUGUGGGUGGUGUAGCCGCAACGGCGCUGUAUGCGAGUACAAAGAGCGCAAAAAGCCUGGCUUAAGGGCGGGCUAUGGACGCGAGCUUGAGCAGCGCCUCGACAAACUCGAAGAGAUUCUGCGCUCUCAUGCUGAGAUUAUUCACGGUUCUUUAGUAUCCAAUACAAACCCAGUGUUUGCUACCAGUAUUCGACGAAGCAACCCAAGCCUUUCCAGUGAACAAGGAACACCACGGGAUACUCAUCACAACCUUUUCCGACCAUCUGAACCAAUCCGCACACCUCAAACUGACCCAGCCUUGUUCGUACAGAAAGCUCAUGGCUCGAAUUUUGCGCCAAGCACCCAGAGCCUUGAUUUUAGCAUCGCUCAUACACCCAAGAUGAACGAUGGGUACCAUGGUCAGAACAGAUCGUCAUUUUCAGGUGCCGCGGCGCCAUCUCAAUUAUCGCCUAUGCAGCAUAACAACGCUACUCAAGAAUAUUAUACUUCAGUACAGCCAAAUAUCCAUUCACCUACAGCACCGUUAUCCUCAGCACCAGGAGCCUCAACCCCUGACCGUGAUAUGCCGCCAUACGAUCUUCUCUACGCACUAGUAGACCUCUACUUUAAGCACAUCAACACGUGGUGCCCUAUUCUCCAUCGCAAAACAACUCUGGAUAGCCUUUUCGGGCCAUCUGCGCUCGAUGAAACAGAUCGAGUUCUGCUGCAUGCAAUCGUGGCAACAACUAUGCGCUUCUCGGCAGAUGCAAGAUUAACUGAGGAGCGGCGAGAACACUACCACAGGGUCUCCAAAGAACGUGUCCUCCUCUAUGGCAUGGAGAACUCUUCAGUCAAGGCUUUGCAAGCCCUCGUUAUACUGGCGCUUGAUCUUUGCGGAAGCAGCAACGGCCCACCAGGAUGGAACAUUAUGGCCCUCAUUACCAGAUCUGUUGUGCAACUUGGUCUAGCUGUCGAGGUCACCUCGUCGACUGUGUCGCCUCAUUACCUGUCAAUUUAUACGCUUCGGGCCAUGACACUAUCAGAGCCCAAGGAUUUCAUUGAAGAAGAAUCAAGACGUCGUUUGUUCUGGAUGAUAUAUUUGCUUGACAGAUAUGCAACACUUGCGACUGCCUUCGAAUUCGCUCUGGAUGACAAAGAGAUCGACAGGACAUUACCGUGCCGCGAUGACCUAUGGAUAAAGAAUCAAAAGGUUGAUACACGAUGGUUUACCACCGACCUACACUCCGGUUCUCCGGGACAUGACAUCGACCAGCCUGAGAACCUUGGCGCAUUUGCUUAUUAUAUCGAGAUACUCGGCAUUCUUUCGAAGAUACACAAGUUUCUCAAGCAGCCGGUUGACAUUAGUGCUUUGAGUGAUGUGGAACAGUGGCAGAUGAGAUACAAGGAACUGGAUAACAUGUUGACAUCUUGGAAGUUUAGCCUUCCUGGGGAGUUUGGCAACAUGGCCAAACUGUUUCAUCCUGGGAGUAAGAACAUCAAUUGUGCUUGGGUAAUGCUUCAUGCUACGUACCACACCGCUGUCAUUCGUCUUCACUCAUCCGCCGCCUAUCCUACAACGAGAUCUCCCAUUUUCACGCCAUCAUACAGCGCAUCACAGCGAUGCCAUGGUGCAGUCGAGAAUGUCGCCGCACUUGGAGAGUUUGUCGUGAAUAAUGGAAUGCUAGCAAAGUUGGGGCCUCCUUUUGCUUUCACCCUCUGGGUUUCCGCGCGCCUGCUUCUUGUUCAUGGCUCGACAGUUGAGCGUAAGCUAUCACCUCAGCUUCCAUUUUUCGUCGAGAGUCUACGCGAAAUGGGGCGGUAUUGGCCUGUCGCAGCCCGAUACUCCCAACUUUUACAGAGGGUCCUCGAUGAGCAUCACGACAGUGAACGGCAAGGGGAUGGUAUUACUCCUAGUUCGGUCAAAAUCUUGUCUGACAUGCGACGUACGGCAUUCGACUUGGAUUUCCUCAUUUCCCGCCAGCCGAAGCAGCCGGGUGGUUCAGCUCUCAGCAGACUACCAAGCGUUACACCAGCGCGAACCCCAGCGCCUAAUGAACUUGAAUAUCUCGAUGUAUUCGAUUUCUUCAACGUGCCUCGUCUUCCUUUCGGUGGUGAGAAUAUAUCUGGCGUCAACAGUGCCCCAGUACCACCAGGUUCAGACAUGGACGCGUCCAACGACAGCGGUACGGUUUUGGGAGCAUCGAACGAGUUCAACAUUACCAAUUUUAUGGUCGACGCUAACAGUGACUGGCUUUUCAAGCAAGAAGGCGGUCCUAAGUACAUGGCAGCUACAUAA